AAUCGCUCUCUCUCUCUCCCUCUUUCCCUCUCUCUCUCCGGCUUUUUUUAGGGGUUUUUUCAAGCAUCGGUUUCUGCUUUUCCCAAUCCGAGAAGAAAAGCGGAAGAAAGCGUCAAAAGCGUUCGAUCGUCACUUUGUGCGACGGAUCCGGCUCGAAUCCGACGGUUCUGCUCAUAUAUCGCUCUCAAGAAACUCCGUUCUUCUUCCAGCGAGGCCGAUCCCAGCAUCGGCGAGUGAAAUGAAGGUUUCCGAUCGGCACGCUUCUGUCCUGGCCUGAAUUCUUGAUCCGAUGACGAAGAUCUUUCCACCGGAUCCCAACCCUGUAGAUUGAAAAGCAAUCCGAUAGGAAAUCAAAGGGCGUUGUUCUGAAUCCGCGAUUUUUCUUGCUCUGAUUCGAAUUCCUCGAAGGAGAAAACGAGUAACAGAGGAAAGGAUCGGCAAUUUCUCUUUCUCAUCGGUUUCCUAAUAAAACCCUGUGAUUUGAAAGACAGGUGGGAAAGACGAGAAGCUUCUUGUAACGGAAGCGGCGAAUUCGAUCGGACGAAGUCCGUUAGAUUUUAACGGCGAAAUCGCUCUUUCUCCAUUACAUUCCGAUCGCUGCGUCGCCACUUUCCUUCGAUUGGACAUAAUCUUCAGAUAUUAACGGUGGAAUCCCCAUUUUCUUCAUUCUCUCUCCCCACUGGUAACGGAAUCUGUUAAGUUUCACGGUCGAACCGAAUCCAUACGGUCUUCCCCUUUCGGAAAAAAAAAAAAAUGUAUUUCUUAAAGAAGCAACACUUCAUUUCUUGACAUAACGGGUUCUGUCAAAUCUAACGGCAGAGCCGGUCCGUUCCGUUUCCUCUCACCCAUAAGAGAUGGUAUCCGGCACGUGCCGGCUCUACUGAUCGCCAUCUUCCGGUGCCGCCCACGACCGGCCCCUGAUCAGAGGCCUGAGGCGAUGACGGCCCAGAUCGUCCUUCGCCGGCCCAACACUCCCCGCCGCUGCCAGCCACUCCUGGUAAAGGCCACAUCGCCGUCGUCAUCUUCAACGGCGAGUGCGCGGUUCGCCGAGGUGGCGGGCGGGACGGCAGCGGAGUGCGCUGCUGUUUGCUGCUGCUGCCCGUGCGGGCUCGUCAACCUCGUCGUCCUCGCCGUCGUCAAAUUGCCGGCAGGACUGUGUCGGAAAGCCAUGUUGAAGAAGAACCGGAAGAGGAAAAUCGGCCUCUUGCCACAGCAGCAGCAGCUCGAGCUUUCAAAGCGUUUCAAUGAGAUGGAGCUGCAGAAGCUGGAGAAUAUCGUAACGGCCGAAACGUGGCCCGAUAAAUCGCCAUCGAUGGUUGUGUUGGACAUGGAACAAGAGGUGUGGACCCAGCUCUAUGGUACGGGCUUCUGGAGGAAUCCGUCGGAAAAGGAACAGUAACGGUAAAAACUGUCAUAUCGGCCUCUUUCUCCUUUUCUGUUCAGGUAUUUGCUAUAAUUGCCCUUAUAUGUUUGUAUCGUUUCGGGUUUCGUUUGAUGGGGGAGAUGCUUUUCUUUUCUUUUCAAAAAAAAAACAUUUCUUACUAUGUACCGGCGAAGAUCUUUGGUCAAUGAUAAUCAUUAACUCGUCUUUGCGUUGA